AUGCUUCCACCAAAAAGCGAUCCCGACUACGAAGAGCGAUUAGAGCUUCUUUCCAAUAUCCAAGAUAAGUGGGAUCCCAGGACAGAAUGUAGCAGGCUCAUCCCUAAAUCCACGCGGUACGAUAGCUCCAUCAGUACCUGGCCUCUACCAGUCCUACGAGGCAUAAGCGCCCUCGCUAGUGAUAUGCCGGGCGAUGACGCGUGGAAUGAAGUUUACGAUCUACUGGAAGAAGGACAGAAGAAGAGGAUGAAGGACAAGCCAAACAAUACAGGAUUGAUUGCCAGAGACAACGACAGCCUCGUCAGCCAAUCUGGCAACUUCACCAGCAGCGUCGGCAUCACAACAGCAAAUAAAGAAAGUCCACAGUAUAAGCAAGGUGGCAUCACCGCGUCAGAGCACGACAACGGAAUAGAUUCUCUUCCACCAUCGAUUCUCCCCGAUGACACAGAAGCCGUUAGAUUUCAGAAAUGGAAUCGCUGGAUACAACACUAUUGGAAUGUGGAUGACUGCAAGGACCUCAUUCCUGACGACAUGUUUGAAAGAGCUCCAAAUAGAAAACCAAAGCGUGGCGGGAGGUUAGAGAACUUCAGAGGUUCGUAUAAAGGUGAGCUCCUAGAGCAACUUUACAAGUUGGCUCGAAUCACGGGAUCUUUGCAAAGAGAUGAGGCGUGGGCGAAGAUUCGGGACAAGUGGAAUGCGAGAUCUGCGGGAAAGAACGGUAAUAAGGCUAUGACGGUUGGAGAUGUGAAGUUUGCGAUCGAGUUCUUCCGCAGCCAGGGUGCAAGUAUAAGAGAGCCGUCUGCUGCUGCUGAAGGAGCGAUAGCUAACGCUGCACCACAAAGCGACGAGACGCACUCUCGAGACAAAUUAGAAGGGGAGGCAAGUAAAAGAGACAAAGAGAAUGGAGAUGUGAGAGGAGCUGUCCAGGAAGAACAGCAUGUUGAAGAGAGAAGGUAA